UCCGCCUCGUCGCUCUCCUCUCUGCACUGCUCUGCUCUCCUCAGUAUCGCUGCACAAAUGGAGGAUUCAAUGGAAAUGGAUAUGAGCCCCCUCCGGCCUCAGAAUUUUCUCUUUGGUUGUGAACUAAAGGCUGACAAAGAUUAUCAUUUUAAGGUAGAUAAUGAUGAAAAUGAGCACCAGUUGUCAUUGAGGACUGUGAGUUUAGGAGCUGGUGCAAAGGACGAAUUGCAUAUUGUUGAAGCAGAGGCAUUGAACUAUGAAGGCAACCCAAUUAAAGUAACACUGGCAUCUUUGAAAAUGUCUGUGCAGCCUACAGUUUCUCUAGGUGGCUUUGAGAUUACACCACCAGUAGUUUUGCGGUUGAAAUGUGGUUCCGGGCCUGUACAUGUGAGUGGCCAGCACCUAGUAGCACUGGAGGAAGAUGCAGAAUCAGAUGAUGAAGAGGAAGAUGAUAUGAAACUCUUAAAUAUGUCUGGCAAACGAUCUGUUCCUGGAGUUGGUAGCAAGGUGCCUCAGAAAAAGGUAAAACUGUCUGAAGAAGAUGAAGAAGAUGAUGACGAUGAAGAUGAUGAUGAUGAUGACUUUGAAGAUGAGGAAAGUGAAGAAAAGACCCCUCCAGUGAAGAAAUCUGUUCGUGAUACUGCGGCAAAAAAUGCACAAAAAUCAAACCAGAAUGGAAAAGACUCAAAGCCGUCCACACCAAAAUCAAAAGGUCAGGAAUCCUUCAAAAAGCAGGACAAGACUCCCAAGACUCCCAAAGGACCCACUUCUCUAGAGGAUAUUAAAGCAAAAAUGCAAGCGAGCAUUGAAAAGGGUGGUUCCCUCCCAAAAGUGGAAGGCAAAUUCAUCAACUAUGUAAAGAAUUGCUUCCGGAUGUCUGAUCAGGAGGCUAUUCAAGAUCUCUGGCUGUGGAGGAAAUCUCUUUAAGAAAAUAAGUUUGAACAGUUUGUUAAAAAUUUUCCGUCUUAUUUCUGUAACAGUUGAUAUCUGGCUGUCCUUUUUAUAAUGCAGAGUGAGAACUUUCCCUACCGUGUCUGAUAAAUGUCGUCCAGAUUACUUUGCCAAGAAUGUGUUGUCCAAAAUGCCUGUUUAGUUUUCAAAGAUGGAACUCCACCCUUUGCUUCAUUUAAGUAUGUAUGGAAUGUUAUGAUAGGGCAUAGUAGUAGUGGUGGUCAGACAAAUGGAAAUGGUGGGGAGACAAAGUAUACAUGUGAAAUAAAUUCAGUAUUUUAAUAAAAAAAAAAAA